ACCAAGUCCCGCCAAAAUUCAACAUUCUCCUUGUAAAAUCAUGAAUAUUACGGAGAGUUCCUGAAAUUAUAUAUUCCCAAAACCUUGCCUGUAAAACCCUUUUCAAUUUUCUAGGGUUUAUCAUUCCAUUACCCAAAAUUUGUCUGCUAAAAUCAGGCCUUUUUCUACUUAAUCAAAUUCGAUUAUAAUGGAUAAUUCCAAUCCCGGAGUUCCGUCGAAUGAUCCAAUCAAAGAACUAUUUGGUCCUCCACCUCCAAGACGCCCUAUUCCCAGCAAAUCUUUCGAUGCUCUUGUUAAAAUUUUCUCUCUCUUCUCUGAUCAAAACCCAUUUUCUGAGUGUGCAUCUAAUGCUAAACUUCCAGAGUUUCCCAGGCAGUGUCGUGAUAAUCUGAUCGAUUCCAGGCGACUAGCUUCAGAUGAUUUAUGCAGUGAUGUGGAACAUGUGGUUGUACCAAGAGUUGAGAAAGAAGCUUCUAAUACAUUGGCUGGUUCUGAUACUGUGGAGGCUCAUAUUUUGUCUGUUCAUGAUCAUGAGGCAAAUAACGAGAGGGUUCCUGGGGAAGGUUGUAAAGACAUCGGUUUCAGUGGCUCAAAACUAAUAAAUGAGUUGGGUAGGACCAAUAAAAGUAAAACCAUGGAAAAACUGCCUUCUGCUGAGGAGGGCACCAGCACUGGGAUGGCUGAGGUUGACAAAGUGCAUGAAGAAUUGUCAGAUGUUUUUAUUAAUAAUUCUGUGAUAGCUGAAAGCAGCAAUAGUGCAAAAGUGACUGUUGAUGGGAAUAUGAAGGGAUAUGGGGCAGAGGAGAAGAAACAAAAGCAUGUGGAAGUCAGCACAUCAACUUCUGGAGGUGAUGAAGCAAAAUCUCAUACUCAUCUGUCUGUGGUUAGAGAGAUAUCUGACUGUCGAGAGGUUGGAAUCCAACAUGUUGGUAUGUGUCCUGGAGAGGCUCAGAUGCCUCAGGGAAAGCAGAGAAAAGCUCCUCAAGGUUUAUCUGAAUCUGAAAAUCCUACUUUUGCUGCACCAAAAAGCAACAAUACAGGAGGAACAAUCUCAAAUAGCAUUAUGAUGAGGAAUAAAUCUAGUGCUGUUACUAAGGGAAAAAUAAAGAAGGUUAAGAAGACAUCUGCGAAGGAUGUCAAUUCAGGAAAAAGUAAGAUUUUAUCUAUAGAUAGUGGGACUUCCUACAACAUGAGUUCUGGUGGUGUUGAUCCAGUUGUGUGUGAGAAGAUGGUGAAGCAAAGUGUAUAUGGUAACACAGGAAAAUCUACUGCAAGGAAGGUUGGAAAUAAUUGGCCCAAGAGUUGUGCAAAGAUUCAUUACUCUCGCCAGGAGUUACUAAAUAUUUGGAAGAUGACAUCUGUUCCCGAGGAUAUCCUGAAAAUUGUACGAGAAAUUGAUGCUGAGGUACAUAGUAAAUACCAGGAUUCUGCCGCUGGAAAAAAGACUGAUGCUGGCAGUGCUAAGAAGAAAAACCCAGGUCCUCCUACAGAGAAUAAAAUGGCUGAAGAAGAGGGCUCAAGCAUCCCAAAGAAUAAAAAACGAGGCUCUUCUUCAGAGGCGAAGAAGGAAAAGAAAAAGAAGAAUAAAAGGAAGAAACGAGCAGAAAUGGAUAAGAAACAUGGUGUCAAGAGAUUAAAACUUACUACUAUCGUGAAACCAAAAAUUAUUGCACCCUGUCGCCAUUAUCUCAUGGGAAGAUGCCAAGAGGGUGAGAAAUGCAAGUUUUCACAUGAUGUGAUACCACUGACAAAAUCCCAGCCAUGCUGUCAUUUUGCACGUCAAGCUUGCAUGAAGGGGGAUGAUUGUCCAUUUGAUCAUCAGUUAUCCAAUUAUCCAUGUAACAGUUAUGUGUCUACAAAUUUUUGUAGCAGAGGUGAUAGCUGCUCUUUUUCACACAAGAUUCCAACUAAGAAAGUCGCAGAAACUGCUGCAGGAGUUUCCCACUUUGGGAGUACUAUUCGAGAUCAACUUGACAAGUCAGAUUCUAAACAGCAGCUUGAUGCUAAUGCAUCCUUCUCUUCUGGUGUUGCGACCCCCAAGAAUCUGAAGGAGAAUAUAGCAACUCAAGCCAGUUUGCCAGGAAAGGCACCAAAAGGUUUAAGCUUUCUUUCAUCCGGAAAAUCAUCACUGAAGGAUUCUGGUAAGCUUAAAGAAAUUGAUUUAUCCCAGAAAAGUGGCAGCGCUACAGGAACUAGUAGUCGGCCAAAUAUAGCAACAACAGCUGUCAAUGUAGUUAAAGAUUUGAUUGAUACCCCUGCUUCAGACACACCACAAGGGAAGGGUUUUAUCUCAUUUGUGAGACACUCAGCUGGUAGUUCAGGGGAUAAAAAACAAGCUAACCCCUCACAGCACAGGGAUAAUUCUAGAUUUUAUUCAUUUGGAAAGUCGGAGAAUGUGAACUCAUCUCACAAAAGCGAUGAUCCUUCUGCUACUAGUGAUCAGCUAAACAAGGAAAUGUCAAGCAAAGUGUUAAGUGUUUGUGGGAUGCCUGAGGCCAAUCCAGUUCCAAUGAGCCCCAAGCAAAUUAGUGUUCCGUCUUCUGGUGGAUUUCCAAAUUGUGCUGGCAAAUCACAAGCUACCUUGCCUAAUAACGGGCAUCUGGGUUCCCAGAUGAGAGAAAGCGAAAGUGCAAAAGGAUCUGAGAAGGCAGUACAACCAAAGCUUUGGGGUUCUCCAGCUUCUUCAGGUCAAUCUCCAAUUAUGAUUGGAGUUAAAAACACACCAGGCACAGCUCAAAGAGCUCUCUUAUCCACACUCUCAUUUGCGGCAAAAUAUGGAUCUGGGAUAAAAAUGACUUCAGCAAGUUCUGCCAAGGAGGUCACAAAGAAUGAAAGGGCUAGUAGUGGUAGUGGAUGCACACAGGACGAACCAUCAAAAGCUUCAGCAAUUUUGGAUUUCUUGUAUAGUGGAAGCAAUAAAAAGAAGCAAUAGAACACUUCGUAACCUCCAAGGCUCCAAGGUAUUAGUCUAUGAAAUUUCUUCAGAACACAUAGCCUUAACUUGUAAAUGUUUGAAAAGCUUUAUGUUACUGAAGCAGCGACCUUAUGCACUACUAAUUUAAGUGACAUAAAACCUCAAGUGAUGUGAAGUUUAGGUCAAAGAUUUUGCCAAAUUAGCUCACAAACCGUAACUUGCAAGAAAUUCUACCCUCUUCUCUAAUUUUUAUUAGUUGCGCACACAUACUCUCACUCUCACUCUGUCGUUAAAAGAUUUUACCUUAUUGGCAUUUUUUUUUUUUGGCUUUAGGUGACUAAUAGUUAGCCAUUCAACCUUGCGUUGGAAUAAAAUCAAGAAUAUUCUUCUCCGUGUGAAUCAUUCAUGUAUCAAUUGUACUUGUAUAUAUGCAUGAUAUUAAUAAUAAGAUAUUUUUCAAAAAUUGUAUAGUGAUAAUAAUAUGUGUUUGUGGAAAAAAAAAAACAUGUGCACAAGGGCUAGGACCACC